UGUCUGCAUCAGAGGCCAGUUGGAGAUAUGAGCCAGUGCGACGGUUUAUUUAUUAGUCCAGUGCUUGUCCAAUCAGUCUCACUAGGCUGUCAUCGUAUGUAUUGAGCGCAACAUGUGAAAUUCAUAAUAGGAACAGUAGGGGAUUGGAGGGAGCCUGAUCACUCAUCCUGGAAUAUUCCUUUGUUUUAGAGGAAAUAGAGUGAUGUCAUGGAUUUAAGUUUAUUAACUGGAAUUUUAUCAGCUGUCUUCAAUGUUUUCUUUGUGUGCAAUAAUUUUUUUUGUGGAAUAGCUCUCAUUUUGAUUUGAAUCUGGUUCGAUAAAACAGUCUAAAUAUGACUGAUCCUCGUGUUGUAGGCUACAGAGCAAUGGCUGCAGGUGGUGGCGGUAAUAAUUUGCCUUUCCCACAAGGCAACUUUGACAUCCCCGCUCUUCAAGCCAUUUACAUGGCGCCCCCACAUCAACCACAGCCGCCAGUUUCUAUUUCUCCCAGUAUGGUCGGCCAAGAGACAAGUGAUGAAACAGAGAUCCAGAAUCUAAUGAGCGGGAUGGAUUGUCACGGCGACGAACGACUAUCUCUGAGCGAUAUGGAAAAAUUCUAUAACAACAGCCUUCUCAGCGACAUCAAACUGCGCAUUGGAGAGAAUACGUUUUUCGCGCAUAAACUCAUCCUUGUGCGUUCUAGUGAAGUCUUUGAAAGAAUGUUAAGUGCUGACUGGAUUGAUCCAAAUAAAGGGGAGUUAGAGCUUGUUGAAGAACCAGAAUGUGUCAAGGUUUUUCCGUCAUUCUUACGUUUCUUAUACGGCUGUCACAUCGUACUAACUGCUGAAAAUGCCCUGCCUGCCCUCAUGCUAGCCGACAAGUACAAUGUCGCGGAUCUUCGACGAGUGUGCAUCCAUUUUGCAAUGACUAACAUUAUACCAAAGCUUCAGCUUAAAGAUGUGUUUCAUAUUUGGUACCAGUAUGCAACAAAGUGCUAUCAUCAGAGGUUGAUCGCAAACUGUAUACAAGCGCUCUCUCCAAAGGCAGACGAUAUUAUGUCGAUGCCUGAAUGGAGUCACGAAUGGUUGAAUCUUGACAAAGAACAAUUGAUAGAGUUUUUACGCAGUUCUGACUUGACAAUCCGAAAUGAGAUCACUUUAUUUUAUGCGGUAGUGAAAUGGAUAGAGUCACCAACACAUCCAGACCGACUACAAAACAGCGAAAAACUUUUGCGCGAGUUAAUGCAUUUUAUUCGUUUCCCCAUGAUGACCCCCGAUCAUCUUGACAAGCUUGAACAUCACAAAAUCAUCGAACAACAUAAAGAUCUGUUUCUACCCUUACUCCUGCAAGCGUAUAAGUUCAACUCUUUACCUCUUGAGCAUCGUGCCAGUAUCAAAGACUUCACAACCUCCUCAUUCUUGCUACGGAAUUAUACAGACUUGCGUUGGGAUAAGCGUAUAGUUUUAACAGGGUAUUCGCAGUACAUCAAAGUCUCGGAAGUCAUGCCCCGUUUUUCCACACGUUCAUCAGCAUAUCCACACACAAGCUGGGACUGGGAGAUCAAAAUAUACCCGAAGGGAUCCUCUUCAAACAAUGAUGAUUUCCGCGCCAUCCUAUAUUCAAACGUAGUUCUCGAUCAGCCUAGACCUAUGGAGUACUUGUUAUCAUUGGUAAAUAAUAAUGCUGUAUUACGAACAGUCUCUGGAAAAAAGAAUUUUUCGAAAACAAGGUAUCAAGUUGACACAGAGAUCGAUAAGAAAGUGACAUUAGAGGAACUCAUGACACCUGGAUCACCACUUCUUGUCAACGAUUGUGUUAUUCUUCAAGUUUCGAUUAAACCACUACAAUGAAGAUUUAGGCCCUGUUAAUGGACAAAUUGAAGCAGAACUUAGCAGGGGAUUGAUGUUGCUUCUUAGAAUCUUUAUCAGCAUGCAAGCUAGGUGAGAUGUCUAGUUAGCAUUUGUGUAAAAUUGCCUCCAAAAUUGCUUAUGUUCAUGCAUUAGCACCACUGUUCCAUGAUUAGCUGGAGCAGCAUCAUAUCCUAUUAAAUGGCAAUUUUGGAGGCAAAUAACUGUAUUGUAAAGCUACUACAUAGAGAAUCUGAUGAGCUUCAGUCAUUUGUUUUCUCAAUUGAUUGCCAAAAUGAACGAUCAACUAAGCAAAGGUUGCCCUGGAUGAAUUAUCUGGGUGUUGUAUCUGAGUAGGAAAGGCAAAUGCGAACAUCAACAUUUGGUUAAAUCUACUGCGUUUUUAAAUCCAAUACCAAUAGUUGUACAAUUUUGUCAGGGUAAACUUGCACUACAACUUCUUCAAUAUUAGUCCAAUGCAAACGCGGCUUUAGACAUGGUUUUUUCGUUUCUAGUUUUCCUUGGUUUAUUCAGUGAAUCUACAAUAUAAGAAAUAAAAAUAAAAUAACUCAAAAAAUCGAAAGGUAUAGAAGUAAUCUGAAAAUGUGGUAUUGCUCCAUUGCCUCCAAAUCUUGGAUCCAGCUCUUCUUCUGUAUUAGUAUAGUGGCUGUGUAAAGUAGAAUGGUUUUGCCUUGUACUUGCCUUUUAAUUUAAUUCUUUUAUAAGAACACUCUGAUAAUGUUUUAAAAUGAAAAAAAGUGGCUGUGGAGAUGACAAAUUUCAUUUCACCUUGAUGUGUGAUCAUUUAUUUGAAUUUUAACGUUCAUUUCUAUGGCCAAAAAUCUGAAAAAUAACAAGAUUGUGUGUAUUUUUCUGCAAAGAUACAAUAUUAAUUUUUAAUUCAAGGGUCUGCAAAGCUUAAAGGGGAUGAGAUGGGAAGGUACUCACAUU